AGCAGCAUCCACGCCACGUCACCUACUGCCAGUACUGGGACUCAAAACCUGACUUUAGAUUGCACUUUUCUUUCCGUGCUGCACCAGGAAGAGCAGAUCAACUUAGAAGAAGCAGUGGCCCAGGUUACCUCCCAUGAAGAAGUGCAGAAAAAGAAGAACGUAAAGAUUCUUUGGUUGAAACAGAGGCCAGUCUUAGUGCACCACAGGUUUAAUUUCAAAGCUCAUUGCCAAAUAUUGCUGACAUUUUUGAUUAAGAGAAGCUGUGUGAAUAAAUGCAAUUUCAGCAAGAGUGGAAUAAAGAUCUUAUCUACAAGAAUAUUUACUGGACAGUCACCUAGCAACCUGCUGAAGAAAGAAAAAAAUACUUUUAUCUGAGCUUCUGACUGAGGAACCACAAAGCAUCUAUUGACUUCUAUAGGCAUUUUUUGCCCAACAUAAAUGAACACUUUUUUCUUCAGCAUCUGAAGAAGUGGACUUGUCCACAAAAGCUCACAUUAAAAUAUAGCAGCUAGUCCUUGAGGUGCCGUACUUUUGUCUUUGUUUUUUUAGAUUUUUGUUUUGUUUUUGCUUGACAUUCUUCUUCAGUCAUUCCAGGACAUUCUUGGGCCAUUAUGAAUAUAUUUCGGAUUUUGGGGGAUGUCUCCCACCUCUUAGCUAUGAUCAUGUUGCUGACGAAGAUAUGGAGAUCUAAGUCUUGUGCUGGUAUCUCAGGAAAGAGCCAGAUUCUGUUUGCACUUGUGUUCACGACCCGAUACCUUGACCUGUUUACAAACUUCAUCUCCAUCUAUAAUACUGUCAUGAAGGUUGUUUUCUUAAUUUGUGCCUAUGUUACGGUCUACCUGAUCUACGUGAAAUUCCGGAAAACCUUUGACAGCGAGAAUGAUUCUUUCCGCCUUGAAUUCCUUUUGGUUCCCGUCACAGGCCUUUCAUUUUUGGAAAACUACAGUUUCACUCCUUUAGAGAUCUUGUGGACUUUCUCAAUUUAUCUGGAGUCAGUGGCUAUCCUUCCACAACUUUUUAUGAUUAGCAAAACAGGUGAAGCUGAGACCAUCACCACACAUUACCUUUUCUUCUUGGGCCUCUAUCGUGCCCUCUAUCUUGGCAACUGGAUCUGGCGUUACUACACAGAGAACUUCUAUGAUCAAAUUGCUGUUGUUUCUGGAGUUGUACAAACUAUCUUCUACUGCGAUUUCUUUUAUCUCUAUGUCACUAAAGUAUUGAAAGGCAAGAAGUUGAGUCUCCCAGUGCCUAUCUGAAGACGGACAGCAAAGCAAGCUCUUGAAGACCCUGCUUCCAGGUUCAGAGGAUGUUCUUUUCUGCUUUUCUGCCAAAAGGCUCAACUAGCAUUUGAAGAACUUCCCCUUCAACUACACUGUGACUAGUAAACUCCAGACUAUGCCUGGGAAUCUACCAUUUGAAUAGCUAACAUGCAUGACCUAUCUAUUCAGUGUCGAGCAAAUAUUUCCAUUUUCUUUUGUACUGGAGCACUCCUUUGCUGACUGAACUCUGCUUGUAACAAAUAAAACAGUGCAAAUUGUAUGCCCAUUUGAUCUCUGUGUAUGUUUCAACAUUGAUGCAAACGAAAUUAUUUCAGGGUAAAAUUCUAUUUCAUUCAAUUCAAUCAUGGCCGACGUAAACUGAGUAAUGAGUUAAGCCUUAAUACACAGUUGGACUGAAAUUGCUUCUUCAGGCUGAAAUAAACUAAAAUCUUCAAAAAGAUCUGGCACUU